UUGAGCUCUAUGUAAAAAUGUAUAUAUGUGGCUUCCUGUGGACACAAUAAAACUGAUACUUCUAUCUUUGCAUAUGACUGCGCAUGUUGCCGAAAAUAACGAACUGACCAGAGCCAAACUAAAGGUUUAUACUAAUGAAUAUGUUCCAUACGGAAGACCAACACCUAUCGUCAUUACAAUGCAAGAGCUUCCUGUUAAGUAUUCAAUUACUGUACACCUUAGCACUCCCAGCUACCUAAUAGCUUUCUUUGAAGUGGGAAAGGUAGCAAAACCAAUGCAGCCGAAAUUUUUAAAAACCCUAUCAAUAAGCCAUCAGAUUUCUUUGCUCAGAAUUAAGCCUCGAAUAAAAAUUCUCUAUGAUAAGGGCUAUUUCGCAAAGAUGAUGGCCACUUUUUGGUCUGCAAAUGAUAAGGUAAUUACACUACAAGGUCAAUUGCCUUCACAGCCAUGGGUACAUCAAGUCAUCGAGAUCGUUGAAAUUGAAGUCAAUCUGCCAAUUCAUUGUACGCCACAGCUAGUAAUAUUAAAGGGCUCAGACCCCCAAUUUCCAAUACAAAUUGCCGUCAACCGCAGAAUUAUCAUUAGUGUACUCUUUUUGGAAACAUGCAACAUGACAAUCAGAGCUAGCUAUAGAUGGUAUGUGACUGACGCAGCUGAAUUAAAACACUUUUCAAAAUACUUUACAGAUAAUCCUUUGCUGCUAAUUAAACGAUAUUCGUUGAGGCUUCAAACUAUGCAUGAAAUUUGGAGAAACUUUCUAGUUUUGUAUGUUGAGGGAAAUUUUAAUGGUUAUUCCUUCGCGGCUCGGUGCUAUAUGAAGGUGGUCAUGGGUCAAGUGGAAGCUGUUAUCGAAGGCGGUGAAUCAAGACGUGCUGCACACAGUGAAAUUCUAUGGAUUAACGGAUCACUGAGCCGUGAUUAUUCCAAAAAAUACGGGGUCAAACAGUUUUCUACUUACAAUUGGAGCUGUGACUCAUGGGAUGAUUAUCGAAAUCCAUUCUGCUAUCAUAAUAUAUCCUCGGUUGACGCUUUUAUGAUUCCUGCGUACUCCUUCAAAAGUGGAUGCAGUUAUAUCUUUCGUCUGCUAUUAUCUGAGGAUGACAAUCCUAAUCGCGGUUCACUAAAGGUGCAGACAAUUACAAUGACAGACUACAGAAUGCUGCACGUAACGAUCGAAUGUUUAUUCAACUGUGCAAUGAACUUGUUUAGCCCUUUUUCUAAUGUGCGCCUUACUGCUAGAUGCGCAAACUGCGGAACUCAGAAGGUUAGAUACCAGUGGUAUGUGGGUGGUCAGCUCACUCUAACUAGCAAAGACCUAAAUUUGUAUAUACGCACCGUAGCGAAUUCUUCUAUAGUUCAGCUUAUAGUAACAGCACAAGAUGGUUGGUUUGGUCAGGACAUUAAAUAUCUAACCAAAAACUCUGGUCCGACUAUUGGAAAAUGUUUUGUAAAUCCAACAACAGGUCAAGAAGCGCUAACACCAUUUUUUCCGUGCUGCAAGGAUUUCGACACGAAGAACAAUCCUAUAGAGUAUUGGUAUUAUGCCGGACAUGUACUGCUUGAUAGUUGUUAUGACUGUAGUUGUGAAGUGCACUUACCAGUUACUAAUUUUAUUAAAGUACUUGUUUGUGAUAGCUUUCAAGCAUGCCGCACUAACUUGAUAAAGGUUAAAGUUACGGCACUGCAGAAUGUUCCCGCUCAGCCUCCGGAUGUUCUUUGGAAAUAUAUUACUGAUUCACCCCAUAAUAUUCUUAAUCUUGUUGAGGAAGGUCAGUGUCUUCGGUACUUUCAAACAAUACAGUCUAUUGCUUCGCAUAUAAAUCACAUUGACUCCGGCCUAAUAUUGUUACGUACUUUAAAUGGCAUUUAUCCACAGACGCGUAAUUCUCUUGGAAAAUUGGCAAACUUGACAUUAACAUUAGCACAUCGUUUACAACCUAUAGAUACGAAAGAACAGGACUUGCUUGCCAAUGUGGUGCAAUUAAUGAACAAUAAUUUUCAACGUUUAUACCAUAAUGAUAUGAUAUACCUACUGAUUGAACAGCCGCUUAUUCAUGUUACCCAGGCAUGCGUAACCGUCUACCACAUGAUGAACCAUAUGUGUAAACAAACACCCCAACCAGCCCAGUCUAUUUAUGAUCAGUACCAUCGCGCUCUUAAAUCAGGAAAGCUUGUGCAAGCGUUUUUUGAUAAACUGUUGGCUGAAAUUAACAACUUUGAUGAUGAGCAGGAUAAGUUUAGAUCUUUAACUUGGCUUAAGUCCACGUGGGAAACACAACGACUAUUUUCCUAUCUAAGAUAUGCUCAUAAGCAUGGUCUACAGGCAGAUACCAGUGAAGAGGGAGUAGCACUGGAAAUACAAUGUUUUUCAUUUGAGCGGGAUCAAUCAUAUAAAAUUGACACGAGCGACAGUAUGCACAGAGUUUUUUUCUCUUCAGACCUUCUGAAGGAAGUAAAAGAAAACAACAAGGAUUACAUAUGUCUUAAAGUAGUAUCUACCCAACGUGAGUUGAAUUGGUGGUAUCCAGAAGAGAAACAACCAAGUACUGUUCUGCUAUCUGUUCGUAUUUUUUAUCAUGAAGAUCAUUUUAAUGUAGAGACUGUUCUUAAGCACAGCGAAAUUAGUUUUACUACAAUUAUAGGAAAUCCCAUGCAAGCUAAUUUGGGAAGAUCUUCAAAUAAUGUGCGGGCAACGGAUUUUAAUUCUUCUAAAAUGUUGAAAUACAUUAAUACUGACGACGAUAGAGGAAGAUGGACAUCUAUUGGAGCUAAUUCAAUACGUUUGGCCGGGAAGGCAAGAUCACAGGUAGAUCAUAAGUACAUUGAUUGCCGUGAGGAGGGUAUACUUCUAGAAAUGCAAGAUGUACGUAUGUACCGUAUUAUGCUUGAAGAGAAAACAAUGCUGUCCGUACGGUUUAUCAGCAGCACGCACAAGCUUCGAGUAUUGCUAAAAAUUCAAGAACAACCACUGUUCUCGGAUAUAUCAAAAUCCUUAUGCAUUGUUCCGGCUUAUUCAAGAAACAAGACUUUUCUAUUGCGAAACAAUUGUAUGCAGGGAAAACGGGCAUAUAUGGCAGUACGAGUAUGGGAAAAAUCUCAACAAAAUAUUCUCCAAAAAACACCAGUACGAAAUGGGCCGGCUAGAUUCGUCUUUGUUUUUCAAAUGCGUAGCUGCGAUUAUUGGAUGUACAGUUUGGCAGCAGAUGAACAACAUUGGGCCCACGAUGGUUGCUAUCCAUCGUUGGAUUUCGGAGUUGAAAAUGGUAUGCAUUGCACGUGCAAAAUUUUGGGCACAUAUACCAGCUAUGUAUACAAUGUUCCCGCUAUAAUGGUGCCUGUUAAUCCGUAUGCAAAUGUGGAGCUUAACCUCAUAAUUUUAUUAUUUUAUUUACUAAUUACUUCAUUUUUAUUAAUUUGGUUAUUGUGGGUGUACUUGUAUCGAAACAUUCCACUCAGCAAAACAGUUGUCUGUCAAAUGGUCGACUUGGAAGACGAUUCAGCAAGGGAAGUACAUGAUCUGUUAAUCCAUGUGAAAACAGGCGGACGAGUUAAUGCUGAGACGACAUCUUCGGUGAAGUUAUCACUUUUUAGUACGCAAUACAAUGAGAUGCAAUUUACGCUCGUUCAGGAUCCCGAACAUCUAGAUCUACAACGAAAUACAACGUAUAUUCUCUGGCUACGGACGCGCGACAUAAGGGUACCUACCAAAAUUGCCGUAUCACAUAAUAAUGCCGGUCGAUUUCCCAGUUGGUUUUUGCGACGCAUUGAGGUAAAUGAUGUUCAGACCCAGGAGACGCAGGUCUUUGUUGCCCGUAGAUGGGUUAAAGGAAAGAUUUUAAUUUUGACAUCGGUCCUGAUCUUUAAACCUGGCGAUGUGAGAGUAGUUGGAUCUUGGAAACGUAGAUUUCGAUUAUACUAUGAAAUGCUUUGGACCAAUUGGGCGAUGUGGCAGCCAAUAACCGGGAAAUGGAGAGAAACAAAUACUUUUCCUAGUAUGUCACGAGCUAAACGCUUUUGUGUGUUUAUCAGUAAGCUUGUAAUAACAUACUCAAUCUGCGCUUGUUAUUUUCUACCCACAACUCCAGACAGUUUGCAAUUGGACCGAGCUAAAUUCCUUAAUUACGAGGACUUUAUUAAACUUAGCGUUAUUUGCAGUUUUGUGGGACUGAUUGUACAAUUAAUUUUUGAAUGGAUAAUACGCCAGUAUGUUUAGCGAUUUAUUAAAAAAUAUUUUAG